GACAUUAGACGUCUUAAAUCAGUCAUUUAGCUACUACUGUGAAUCAUAUGUGUUCUGCUAUAAGCUGUGGGUCUUAUUACUUCUCCGAGUGGUUCGGGAGAAGCGCACAGCGCCGAAGACUAACGGAGAAAACUGAAGGGCUGCUGUGCUGUGGCUGUCAGCGGAAACAGGAAGACGAGCUGCGACUGAAACCAACGAGAGAGGAGUUUCCGUGGGAUUUGAGGAGAGGAGAAGUAAUUCGGCUGGCUUGAGAAUGACGGGCAAAUCUGUGAAAGACGUUGACCGCUACCAGGCUGUCCUCACGUCCCUGCUCGCCUUGGAGGAGAACAAGUUCUGUGCUGACUGCCGAGCCAAAGGUCCAAGAUGGGCAUCCUGGAAUUUGGGAAUCUUUAUCUGUAUCCGAUGUGCAGGAAUACACCGGAAUCUCGGUGUACACAUAUCACGUGUCAAGUCUGUUAACCUGGACCAGUGGACCCAGGAGCAAAUUCAGUGUGUGCAGGAAAUGGGGAAUGCCAAGGCACGGCGGCUCUAUGAGGCUUUUUUACCUGAGUGCUUCCAGCGUCCGGAGACAGACCAAGCUGCAGAGGUAUUCAUCCGGGACAAGUAUGAAAAGAAGAAAUAUAUGGACAAAUGCAUUGAUAUCCAAGCCUUUCGAAAAGAGAAGAGUGAGGCAAUAACAAAAGAGGCGCCUGUUGUUUUUGAGAAGAUGAAGCUGAAGAGGGAGGAGCCUCAGCAGUUCAAGAGCACUCCAAAGAAGCAGUCCCACUCUGUAAAUGACCUUUUAGGACUAGAUGCUCCUCCAGUGCCUGUGGCAAAUGGAAAGGCCAGUCCUGAGCAGAGCCCAGCGUUGGAUUUGUUCAGUUCCUUGCCUGCUGCCAACUCAAACUCUGCCAAGAGUACACCUGCAUCUGGCUCCGUUUCCAGCUCCAUGCCCAAAGGCCGGGUAGCAGCAUCAGUACCAGAGAACCUCAGUCUUUUCCUGGACCCACCUGCCAAAAGUGAGGAGAACAGCAAGAAAAUGUCCAAAGACUCCAUCUUGUCUCUAUAUAGCAGCGUAACACCUCAGACUAACAUGGCUGCUCAUGCUGGAAUGUACAUGGGAGCAGCCCCAAUGGGCUAUGCCCCUGCUGCUGGGUACGGACAUUACCAGGCUCUGGCCACUCAGCAAGGCAUGAUGGGAACCAUGAUGGCCCCACAAGUGAACAUGAUGGGACAGCCAGGCAUCAUGGCACAGUCAGCAGUGGCUGCCCCUACUCCUUACAUGGGGGGAGUGCAGGGGGGCAUGAUGGGAGUUCAGAGUGGCGUGAUGGGGGGUGUAGGGCCACUGCCCCAGCAACCAUAUGCAGUGCACCAGGCCCAGCAGCUGCAGUGGAACAUUGCACAGAUGACUCACCACAUGGCAGGCAUGAACUUUUACGGUGCCAACAACGUAAUGGGAUACGGGCAGCCCAUGGGAGGGGCAUCUGCUCCCAACACCAAUCAUGUGCUUGGCUCACAUGUAUGGAAAUGAGUGUAAGCAAGUCGUGAAGUCAGAAUGGGUGGGCUCGGGGGCUGCGCAAUAAACUGUAAGAGAAUGGUGGGAAGUCUGCACACACUCUUCAUCAAACAUUCAGAGACUUGUGUCCAUGAUGAAGAGGGAACGCUGUUUGAGAGAAUUAAGAGGAAGAGUCUCUACCUCCCCCCUUGUUAUAGCCAUUUUCUUGUUUGAUGCCCAGGUGUGAUGUGGCCCAUAUGUCCGGCUUUUAUCUGUAACAUGUUAUUCUGGGCCUCACUGCUCUCUUCAGCUACACCCAACCCACAGCAACAGUUUCAGUUCCCUUGACUCACAUUAGCUAUAUCUUUUGGUUGCAUGUGGGAGGGAAGAUGUACCUCAGUAGUUGGGUCAUGAAUACUUUCUGAGAUAA